AAGUCUUCAUCCCCACAUGGGCCAGAAAUCUCUUUCAAACCCCAGAUUGUGACAGUUCCUGGGUGAGCAGUGGAUCUUUGUCCCCCUCUCCUGAGGCUCUUGAAUGGGACCUUGUCCUGGAAGGAGCCAUGGACCUCUGGCUUUGGUUAAUUUACUUCCUGCCCACAGUAUCUGGAGCCCUGGUGCUCCCAGAAGUCAAGCUGGAGGGGAUGCUGGGCGGAUCUAUUACCAUUGAGUGCCCGCUUCCUGAAACGUAUACGAGAGUGUAUCUCUGCCGCGAGAUAGACAAAUCUCAAGCGUGUUUCACCGUGGUGUCCAACAAGCGCUUUGUCAGGAAGGAAUACAAGCAACGCAUCACCCUGAAGCUGUGUCCAGACCAGAACCUGUUUCUAGUGAAGGUGACAGAGCUGACCCAGAGUGACAGCGGAGUCUAUGCCUGUGGGACAGGCACGCACACAGACCGGGGCAAGACCCAGAAAGUCACCCUGGAUGUCCACAGUGGCUUCCAGCUCCUCCCAGAGCCCACCAGUGCAUUCCUCAUGCCUCCAGCAGAGUAUGACCCCUUCUGGGAAGAGGAGCCGUUUCCACCAUGGUCUCGGAGAGUUCCACCCAUGGAGAUGCUCCCUUGGUUCCAGAAACCUGUACUUGUCAGUUCCCUCGAAGUCCUUCCCCAAGUAACCUCACCGGCUCCAAGGACAGAGACCCCUCCAGCACACCACCCCUCCCCCACCACCCCAGUCACCCACCGCCCUCGAGUUUCCAGGUCAUCGGCAGUGGUGGCGGCCAAGCCCACAACCCGCCAGCCAUCCACCACAAGCUCAAAGACCUCAGCACCGGAGAGGCUGCUCAGGCCCCAGACAGCCAGCUACAACCAGCACACCAGGCUUCACAGGCAGAGAGCCUCCCACCACGGCCCGGCGUCCCGAAUGGAAGACCAGGGGUUUCACCUCCUGAUCCCCACCUUCCUGAGCCUCAUCCUGCUGACCCUUCUGGGGCUGCUGGUGACCCGGAUCAUUCAAAGGAAGAAAGGUGAGCGGUCGGGCUGGAGAGGAAGGGAGAGGGACGAAACAUCGACCAACUGCCUCCUGUACACCCCCUACUGGGAUGUGCCCACAACCAAGGUGUCGGAAGCUCCCUGGCCCCACGUGCCGUCUCUGAAGACCAGCUGUGAAUAUAUGAGCGUUUACCACCAGCCUGCCGCCAUGAUGGAGGAUGCUGAUUCAGACGAAUACGUCAAUAUCUACUGCCUGACUCACCCCUCCAGCUGUCCCCCUGGGCCCAGGCCUCUGCGCCAAUGAGUCUGGUUUGUCUGCUGGUUUCCAACACCCGCUUCGUCUGCUUUUAGAGCCCCUCGUGACGUCCCACAUCCCACCUUCCAUCCUAUCUCUGCCUCAUUGCCCUGAGCAUAGCUAGCUCAGUUCCCAUGGCUCUUCUGCACACCUUUGCAAACCCCUGUGGCCUUCGGGUGGCUUCUGGCCAUGCAGGGCAUUUGUCCCGAUGCCACCUGCUUCCCGUUCAAGCCCUGUAACAGGCUGUGGGAUUUUCAGACUCUCUUUGACCACAGGGUUUUUGCUGCCUCAGCUCUAGACCAUGUGGCAUCGGGCUGGAGCACAGGCAUAGCUGUUGCUUCUGGAACCCUUCCCAGGCCGGGGCCUCAUACCAGUAGAAGAUCCCUGGACUGUAACGUGAGGUCAUGCCUCAGCCCUGUGAGCUAGGAAGGGGCCUGGUAUGAAACGGCCCUGGCAACAUCUUGCCCUGGUCUUAAGGGUGGCACUUACUAGUGAGCUUUACUCAUCCUGUGUCCCAUGACAGGGUAAUUAAUUUUGAUGUGAUGAAGGAUUCUAAAUUUUCAGAACCAUAUAUAGUUCCCUGUGUCCCUAAAUCUUCUUUAAGUCUCCCUUCCUUGAUGCUCAUAAGGAUCCUAACCCUAGCAUUUCCCCUCUUUUAAAUAUAGUUUUUGUCACUUCUAGAGGACUUAAAGGGAGAGAUUGACAACAAUGCAGUCAUAGUAGGAGACUUUAACACGGCUGACGUCACUGGAUAGAUCUUCCAGACAAAAAAUUAACAAAGGAAACAGUCACUCUAAAGGACACACAGGCCCUGACCGGUUUGGCUCAGUGGAUAGAGCGUCGGCCUCCGGACUGAAGGGUCCUGGGUUGAUUCCAGUCA